AUGGCGCCGAAGAGGAAGAUGGAUGAAGAUGUCGAGGGCAAGGAGUCGAAACGGCCGAAGAAAGGGUUCUCCGUCGGUCCUGCAAACCUGCCAGACGGCACCUACAGGCGUAAAGUCAUAAAGAUUAAGGCAGAUUUAAUUCACAAGGCCAAGUUGAAGAAGUCGUACGAGAAGAUCAAGGCACGCGAGCUUGCUUCGGGACCAGUCAAGUCUAUCUACGAGACACAGGAAUCCAACGAGAGGACACACGAUGCGGCCGCUGGUGCAGGGGACAGUUCAAAACCUGCAGACGGGCCGGCAGGGCUCGAGCUGCAUCCUGACAGACAGGCCAUGGUAGCUCAGGGCGAGGUCGAGCAGCUGGAGAGAGAGCAGGCGAGAGCGAGACGGGGAGGGAGGGAGACGCAGGAGGCAGAAGAGAAACAGGACAGCCGGCCUCAUGGCAGGAGACAACGUCGGGCCAAACCGUAUCCCUUUGCCAGGGAAGAGGACGCAGCGCAGAGGCGGAUCGCGGAGGCCAAAGCGAGGGAGAAGCUCCGGCAGAUGAAGGAGAAGGAACGCGCAGACAUGGCCAGGGCAAAGAGGCCGGACCGGUCUGGCAGGAGAAGGCUGGGCCGCGAGAGCAAGGUGCUCCUGGACAAGGUCAAGAGACUUGUAGCAACCGACUGA